GUACGGUACCCUGUUUCCACUGUUUCAAGGCAACAACAAUACACCAACCAGUCGUCGUGGACUAGCUAGCUGGCCACUUCACCAGCUUCCCGCUGAACCUACUUGACCACCAGUCCCCCAAGCGGCCACGCCACGCUCCCAUCCCCAUCACCUCCUCGCCCAAACCGAAGCACCUCCUCGAGGAGGACCUCAAGGACCCUUCCUCCCGGUCCAGCUACCAACACCACCCCCGUCUCUCUCGCUGGUCACCACGGCCACCUCGAUUGUCUCCCGGUCCAGCUCGAGGCAUGGGCUGCUGCUUCAGCAAGAAGCGCAGGAACCGUCCGGCGCCCGGGGCUGCUGCCUUUGCACGCCGUUGCGAGCCGGAGGACCGCGAUCCGCCGUCGCCGGAAGAGGAGAUGGUCAAGGAGGUGUUCUCGGUGACGCCGAGCGCUAAGCCGAGGGCCGAGCCAAAGCCCGUCGCCAAUGUCGUGGCCGUGGAGGAGCGAGAGGUGGAGAAGGCGAAGAAGCAGGACAGUGCCGACGCCGCGGUGAGCGAUCUCGGGAGUUGCGUGUCGCUCUCGGUCGCCACCGACGAGAGGUCCGAGGCGGCGUCCGAGUCGUCCAUCGCGACAAGCUCGGUGGCCGGGCCGGAGCGGUCGCCGGGGAAGCCGACCAGGAGGCGCCCGGUCUCCGCCGAUCUGGGGCCAGUCCGGCGCGACCGCGUCGCGGCCUCCUACGGCGUCCGCUCCCGCAGCGCACGGGCCUCGCCGUCCCCGCCGCUGCGGCACGUGCCUCGGGACCGCUCCGUGCGAAGGUCGCCGUCACCGGCGGCGAAACGGCCGUCGGAGCAGCGCCGCGCCGCCAGCCCAGUUGCAUCCGUGCAGCGCAAGCCGCCUCUCCCGGCUAGGCCGAGCGGCCGCGCCUCCCCUCGGCGGGCGCAGGAGGCGCCUCCUCCCAUCUCCCCGCCGCCGUCGCCCCCACAGCCGGAGGACGAAGCCGUCACCGCCGAGGGUGAGCUCAGCAUCCCGGACGCCAGCGCCGGUGGCGAUGGCCAAGGUGGCUGUGACGGCGACGUGAAAGAGUCGUUGGAGAACCCGCUAGUGUCAUUGGAGUGUUUCAUCUUCCUCUAGCGCCGUGCUGAUGUGAUCUCGCGCUGUUUCCCUUUGAAAGCCUUGGGCUAAUCCGGUUUAGAUGCCAAGUUCGGUGUCGUAAUUGGUUGUAGGGUAUGGUGGUUCAAUGCUACUGCCACUGCCACCUUCCGUUAACUUUUUGUCAGGCGAAGUGCUAGUAGUUUUUGACUUUGGGAGCUGUCUGGUGAUUGGAAUUGGUCGGAGCUACAAUGUAUGUGCUUAAGGUAUUUCGUAAGUUGUUUCACUAAUCGGCAUGUCUUGCUCUUGAUGCCACUCUAUUAUCGCACUCCAUUUCACCUAAAAGAUCCUUUGCAAGCGCUGAAAGAAAAGAUGCAAAUUCUUGUGGGUCAUAUA